AUGACAGCCGAACCGACGUCCAAACACCUGUGCCUUACCGCUGCGACGAACCACAAACGCAAUGCGGACGAACCAUGGACAGACAACUCCACUGGCGAACUGCUGCAGCCUGGUCGAACCAGUUCAUGCACUCUGGCAUCCAGCCUGCGACGUCUCAGCAACUUACCAUCGGUGAAAGCACAGCAGCGGCUGGUUGGCGAGGAGGAGCCUGCGGCUGAGAAUGGGGACGCUAACGAGGUUGACACUGGGGGACUCUGGUGUUUGACGAUAUUCACGAGAGCUUAUAUCCCGUCGAUGCUGCCAUUCGUUCUCGGGCUCUUCUUCUCUUUAAGAUUUCCAUCUCUUCAGUCUUCCCUACGCAGCGUCACCAAAGUCUUUGUGCCCAACCACGCCCAAUUUGCCGCCAUGUGCACCUCGAACACAGCCUACGAGGUCUGCUGCGUGCCUGUCGAGUCCUACGCAGCGUCCAAGAAAAAGGCCAUUGGCUGGUGCCUCUUGGUACGCGCCACCAUCCUCUAUGAACUCUUUAAGCACAAUCUUCUCCCCUCCGACAUCCAGAGGCCAGACUUUGAUAACUUUGUUCUCGAAUACCUCCGGCCCCUCUGCCAUAUGGGACCCUUUCAGGCCACCGCCGUCGACGCCACCAUUCGCUUCCAGAAAGUCGUCCUCACCCAAUUCCGCGAAAAGGUCCGCCACACAGCACGCAAAUGGGUCCUCGAUAACCGCGUCGUCCAGCUACGUAAUGGCAUCCACGUUUGGAGCCCCGAAAUCACGGGCACCUGGUUCCAGACUGUCGACACCGUUCAGGCUUGGCUACGGACCCUCGGCAAACGGAACACUCGCGAUGUCGAUGCACGUUUCCCCCCGAUUCUCGCCGCCCCAGUACCCAACUCCUUGGCCACCACGUCUAUCGUUGGUUCCACUGUCCGCUUUGGUGACCCUUGGCCUUUGGCUACCACGCCACCCUCGGUCAUCAAGCCGAUUCCGGCCCCGGGUGCAGCUCUGGCUCAGGCUCUGACUUCGAUUCCCGUUCCAGCAACGCCAGCUACGAUUCCAUCUGCGACUUCAGUUUCGUCCUCGGCUCUGUCGUCUCUUUCUUCGCUGUCUUCGGCUCUGCCUCCAAACCCCACUGUAAGCUCACACCCCGCGCAGGCCCGCUCAAGCCCCGCGCUGGCCCAACGUCAACCUCGACACGGCAAUCACCAGCCCUGGCGCCAACCCCGGCUUACACGCCGACGCAAGACUCUUGUCAACCUCGAGCAGCCUAUAUCUACAGCGGCCUACCUCGUCGCCAACCACCGGCGGGGGAAGCGCGGCUCUCGCGGCCAGCGUGGCCAGCGAAAUCAUCCCCUUGUGGCAGCGGUUGGAUCCUCUCGCUUCAAACCUCUCGAGCAGUGCUUCGCCGACUUCGGCUUCGGCGAUGACUGUAACAGCACCGUCGUCUCCGCCUCCACCGUUGUUCCCAUUCACACCUACACUCCACGGUCUGUCGUCAUGUCCGGAGUACACGAUGGCGACUGCAAUAGCACUGUUGUUUCCAGCAGCGACCGGAUCCCGGUGCCUGCCCACGAGACUGUGAAGCCUGUCGUCAGUUACGAGGAGUCACUCGUAGGCCACAUUCGGCUAGCGCUGGACUGGCAGUUGGAUGCGAGGCGCAGCGUCAUUGAGGCGGACCAAUUGUUCAAGAGGCUGAUGUUGAUGGGCAGUUUGUGA